CUGCAAUAAUAGAAAGAGGAAGAGAGAUUUCAACAGUUGCAAUUGCACAUUUAGGAAUAACAGGAAAUACAAAAUUAGUCUGCCAGGAGGUUUUGUCUGACUUUGCUCACUUACCAACAUGGCUGUUCAUCUCAGAGUUCUUCUCAUCCUCUCCGGAUUCACAGGAAUUCACAGCAUAACUACAGUCAGUGAGGUGUCAGUUAAGGCUGGAAGUUCAAUCUCUAUCCCAUGUCUCUAUGGCUUACAAUACAUAAGCCAUGUGAAAUACUUGUGUAAAGGAUUUUAUUGGCACUCCUGCUCCUAUAUAGUCAAAACAAACCAACAAAAUUCAGGAAGGUUUUCAAUCUCUGACGACAACACCCGAAGAAUCUUCACAGUGACUAUUAAUGAUCUGGCAGAUGAGGAUACUGAUUAUUGGUGUGCUGUGGAGAUUAAUGGAGGGGCAGAUGUCAAAGAGUAUUUUCACCUGUCUGUCACCGGAGAUACACCACAUCUCUAUGUGGAUCAUCAGGAGAUUACAAGGUUAAAUGGAGAUAAUUUAACCAUCAAUUGUUACUAUACUAACACUGGAGAAACAAAGUGGUGCAGGCUGGGCAUCUCCUGUGUGACGAGGUCGUCUGGAUCAAUAGAUGGAACAAAAGUGACCAUCAGUGAAGGGGCCCACAGUGUUUUUAAUGUGACUAUGAGUGGACUGAGGACAGAGAGCAGCGGCUGGUAUUGGUGUGCCAAAGGAGACUUAAAGAUGCCAGUGCAUGUAACUGUUACAGAGACACCUACCACUACCACAAUUGGAACAAGACAUUUAACGACCUUAUCACCCACUCCUAAUCACAUCCUUGAAGACGGACAGCAGAGUGCUUAUACUGACCCAAAGAGCCUCAUCAUCAGUCUGAGUUUGCUGAUCUCCAUUGUAAUGGUGGCCUUGUUGAUCUGGUUUAUGUUGAGAAGACACAAACAGACCAAAGCAGAAUCGUCAGCCACAACAACGGCUGAAGAGGAAUUAACAUACAGUAUUGUUAAACACAAGACAAAAACUUCAAGCCAGGCUGAAGAGGAGGAAACACAAUGUAAUGUUGGGAACAUGAGAAAAACAUCAUCCCAGGUUGAAGCAGAGGAUAAGGAUGUUACAUACAGCACAUUGGCUCAGCACCACCAAAAAAUGUAAAUGUUUGUCUGUCUGGUUAUCUACUGGACUGUUUUUUUUAUUUCAGUGUUGCAAGGUGUUGCCUGAUGGUAUCAUUUGGUUGUGCAGUCAUUUCUUCCUUCUCUUUUUUCGUUUGUAGCUGUUAGACCUUUUUUCUAACCCUUCACUGCAUAGUUGCAAAACAUUUCCAAAGAAGCAUUAACAAAACCAUUGACAACAUGUAUCUUCAUUCUAUGUUUCUAUGUGUGUUUCUUGUGUGUUUCUGUCUGUCACUUUGGACAUUUCCAGUCUAUGCCUGUCUAAUUUAAAUUGCAAAAAAAGUGAUCUGAAACCAUUGCGGGAAUAAGUAUAAGUCUGUGUACAUGAUAUUUUCAUGAUUUAACUUAGUUAUGUAAAAUAAAUCAUGAUCGUAUUGAUCAUACAAUGUUAUGACUGCCAUGU